UUAACGGCGAACACAACUGUUCGCGUGCCUUCACAGUACAUCAGCGACUGGCCAACGGCAACGAUCUGGCACGUCUUCUAAAAACCAUCCGAGAAAAUCUUUCGAGACCACGUCAUAUUGUACUUGAUCGAAAAUAUCGUGAUUCUUUUUGUUUAAAACACACACGUGUAUACCUCCUCUAAACAUAUUACCAUCUAACCUUCCACGGGUACAGAUCGUACUGAAAAAACGUCAACAUGCCGACGGUGCAGCAGAUCAGCAAGCCCAAAGUGGAAAAGCGCAAACAGAUCAGUGUCAAGUCCAUCGCAGACGUCGAGGAUGUUGUGGCCAUGAAGAAAACGUUCAACCGACACCUGCACUUUACGCUGGUCAAAGACAGAAACGUAGCCACAAUCCGGGACUACUAUUACGCACUGGCGCACUCGGUCCGGGACAGCCUGGUAUCCAGAUGGAUCAGGACGCAACAGCACCACUACGCAGUCAACCCGAAGCGUGUUUAUUAUUUGUCUUUGGAGUACUUGGUUGGUCGUUCCCUUCAGAACACCAUGAUCAAUCUUGGCAUUCAAAGUAGUGUUGACGAAGCAUUGUAUCAAAUGGGAUUAGACAUCGAAGAACUAGAAGAUCUCGAAGAGGACGCCGGUCUGGGAAACGGUGGUUUAGGUCGUUUGGCCGCUUGUUUCCUGGAUUCCAUGGCCACUCUAGGUCUGGCAGCUUAUGGUUACGGUUUGAGAUACGAGUAUGGUAUAUUUGCUCAGAAAAUAACCAACGGUGAACAGACCGAAGAACCAGACGAUUGGCUCAGGUUUGGAAAUCCAUGGGAAAAGGCUAGACCCGAGUAUAUGUUACCAAUUCAUUUCUUUGGCAAAGUAGUAGACACACCUACUGGCAAAAAGUGGAUCGACACUCAAGUUGUGUUCGCGAUGCCAUACGAUAGUCCAGUACCCGGAUAUCAGAACAACAUCGUUAACACCAUGCGAUUAUGGUCUGCCAAAUCUCCCGUUGAAUUCAACCUGAAGUUCUUCAACGACGGUGAUUACAUUCAAGCCGUUCUCGAUAGGAAUCUGGCUGAAAAUAUUACCCGCGUUCUGUACCCCAACGACAAUUUGUUUGAAGGCAAAGAGCUGCGUUUGAAACAGGAAUAUUUCAUGUGUUCAGCCACGCUCCAAGACAUUAUCCGGAGAUUCAAAGCUACGAAAAAAGGCGUACAGCCCCGGACCGAUUUCAAUUACUUCCCGGACAAAGUGGCUCUGCAACUGAACGAUACCCACCCGGCACUCGCCAUCCCGGAGCUGAUGAGGAUCCUCAUGGACAUCGAAGGUCUGUCGUGGGAGGCCGCUUGGGAGAUCACCGUCAAGACCUGCGCUUACACAAACCACACCGUAUUGCCCGAAGCACUGGAACGGUGGUCGGUGUCGUUGAUGAGCAGCAUAUUGCCGAGGCACAUGCAAAUCAUUUACCAAAUUAAUUUCCUGCACUUGCAAGACGUCCAAAAACGUUGGCCAAACGAUAAUGCGCGCAUGAAGAGAAUGUCGCUGAUCGAAGAAGACGGCGACAAGAGAGUGAAUAUGGCCCAUUUGUCCAUUGUCGGAUCUCAUGCCAUCAACGGUGUAGCUCGUAUUCAUUCAGAUAUCAUCAAGAACGACUUGUUCAGAGACUUUUAUGAAUUAACACCAGAAAAGUUCCAAAACAAAACCAACGGUAUCACCCCACGUAGAUGGUUACUUCUCUGCAAUCCUAAUUUAUCAGAUAUCAUUGGAGAAAGAAUCGGUGAUAAUUGGAUCACGCAUUUGGACGAGUUGACAAAUUUAAACGAACUUGUAAAUGAUGAAAGUUUCAUAUUGGAUGUGCAAAAAGUCAAACAAGAAAACAAAAUGAAACUAGCUCAUUGGUUGGAAUCUGAGUACAACGUCAAAAUCAACGUCAAUUCAAUGUUUGACAUACAGGUGAAGAGAAUACACGAAUAUAAGAGACAACUUUUAAAUUGCCUGCAUAUCAUCACCCUUUACAACAGAAUCAAGAAAAAUCCAGACGCAGAGUACGUACCGAGAACAGUCAUGAUCGGUGGAAAGGCCGCUCCCGGAUACUACAUGGCAAAAAAAAUCAUCAAACUCAUCAAUUACGUGGGCAACGUAGUCAACAACGAUCCGGUGAUCGGAGACCGUCUGAAGGUGUUGUACUUGGAAAACUAUCGAGUGACUUUUGCUGAAAAAAUCAUACCAGCCGCGGACCUCAGCGAGCAGAUAUCUACUGCGGGAACCGAAGCAUCUGGUACCGGCAACAUGAAAUUCAUGUUAAACGGUGCGCUUACCAUCGGCACGUUGGACGGUGCAAAUGUGGAAAUGGCCGAAGAGAUGGGAAACGAAAACAUUUUCAUUUUCGGGAUGAACGUCGACGAAGUGGAAUUGUUAAAGAGAAAAGGCUACAAUGCUCAUACGUACUACGAAUCCAUACCGGAACUCAAACAGUGCGUAGACCAAAUCCAGAACGGAUAUUUCAGCCCCAACAACCACGACGAGUUUAAGGACAUCGUCGACGUCCUCCUGAAAUGGGACAGAUUUUUCCUGUUGGCUGAUUACCAAGAUUACAUCAAAGCUCAGGAUAAGGUCAACGAGACGUAUAUGGAUUCGAAAAAAUGGACACGCAUGUGCAUCCGUAACAUCGCGUCCGCCGGAAAAUUCUCGUCUGACCGCACGAUCACCGAGUACGCCAGAGAGAUUUGGGACGUCGAGCCGUCGUGGGAGAAACUUCCGGCUCCACAUGAACGUAUCGCAGAUCUCCCGAAGCAAUCAUAAUAAUAUCAUGAUGAUAAUAUAUACAUGCGACAACAUAGAUAAUACUUAAUAUAAAUCAUAAUAUAUGUUUACGAUAGUACCGCGCACAAGCACGUACAGUUUUAAUUUUGGGAAUAUUUCUUUUUUUAACGAAUAAGCAACAAAAUAAUAUAAUAAUAAUCCCUAGUAAAUAUGUGUUUUUGAAAAAUUGUGUUCCUCACUUUAUAUAAUUUCAUGAUAAUUUAUUUAUUUGAAUAUUUUAAUAGGUAUCGAUAUGUAAUUUUUAACACGUAAAUAGUAUUGAAUUAUAUGCCUACAUGGUUGGUCACCGAAAUAUUACCUAUAUGUUUACAUACCUACCUAAUUAUAUAUUCACUUCUUGUAUAAACGUAUGUGAAUUUUUUUAAUUUUAAUAAAUUAUAUUUAUCGAUUACUUUUA